AUGCCGCUAUCAGGGCCAGAAGGGAAACACGGUGAGAACGUUCCCGGCGUCGGCGUGAUGCUUCGCCACAAUCCAACCCCAUGGGGAGCCUCGUGGACUGCAAGCUCUCGGACGUGGAAUCGGAGAGAGCCGGAAAUCCCACUGACCCCUCCCCCACGCGGAAAGUUCGGAAGCUCUAUCAUGCUGCGUCGUCUGCGGCUGAAGCACACCGCGUUUCUGAAGAGACAGAGGAACGGGUGUACCAUCCAUCCAACGACGCUCGCCUUAAACACUCCUUUUUGCGGCCGUCUUUCCCCCUUUCACCGAGCCACACUUGGCCUGAUAUGCCUCCACUUGGUCCCCUCUGGCCAAGCAUUCCACGACCUAGGGAUUACUGCGCCAUACUUGAUGGAUCCCAAGACCUCCGCCCCUAGAGAGCCCCGAGACAUCGACGAGACACCGCCGCCGGCCGCCGGUCUGCUGAUCAUCCCCUCGGCGUUCGACGCAGUGGCCGAGCAUACCUCGACCGGGCUUUCCAACCAGCUCCAGGUCCGGCCCCUCCUCUGGGAAACCCAGGCCGUGCGGCGCUUCUCGUCACCAUCCGUCAACACCAACCAGCAGCGGCUCACCAAACACAUCGACAGCGCGAGAACUGCCUAUGCCAGAGCCUUUGUGGCUAUCCAAAAGUCCAUCAAGGACGUCGAUGCUACCGCGAUCCUAACCCACACCUCCGAGACGGACGUGGCUCAAGCGGCACUCGAGCUCUUCAAGUCACCAUCAAGCGAGGAUAACGGACGCGUCUCACGGUUUAUCGACGUCCUGCACCACUACCAUGGCGUCUUUGACGUCCUCUCGCAAGCGGGCGACUUUGCUUACCUGGCGGUGGUCUGGGGCGGGAUGAAGAUGCUACUGAUGAUGGCCAAGAACAAAAAGGACCUCCUCAUCAAAGUCACCGACAUGCUCGUCGAGAUCGGCCUGACCCUCUCGCGUAUCGAAGUCUACGCCAGCCUCUUCCCGACCGCCCGCAUGGUCGAGCUCAUCUCGAUGCUCUACGCCGCCGUCGCCGACUUUCUCGAAGAAAUCAUCCUCCACUUCAACCGCAAAUCUCCGCUCCGCAAGCUCGUCUCCUCCUUCGUGCGCCCCUUCGACGAAAAGUUCGGCCGCGCCAUGGACCGCAUCCACCGCCUCGAGACCUGCAUCGAAAAAGACGCCGGCCUCCUGCACGCCCUCCAAAGCGCCAGCAUAGCCCAGCACCAACUCGACGCCUACCUGCACGGCACGCACGUCAAGACCACCCUCAACGCCACCGCGCCCCCCCACCCCCUCGCCAUCUCCCCGGGAACCACUACCCCCCACUCCCCCCCUCCCCGACAUCUUCACCGCCAUCAAAGCGACCCUCUUCCGCAACUUCCUCUCCCAAGCCUCCUACCACGACUCCCUCGCGGCCACCUACAGCGUAACCGCCCGCGCCUGGAAGGAAUGUGGGUGGCGCAGCAGCGCACGCUGACGCCCGGCGUGCCGAGCGUGUAUCUGAUCUGGGCGCAGGGCAUGACGGUGCAUGCGGCGGUGGCGGCGCUGGUGCUGCAGGUGUUGCAGCAGCGGCCGGGGGCGGUGGCCGAGCUGGGGAUGUUGGAUGUGGGGGUGUUGGAGCGCGCGGGGACGAGUGUGUGGCGGUUGUGGGAGGUUUUUACGUACCUGAUGAGGAUGUUGGGGGGGUGUUUGGUGUAUAUUUCGAUUGGGUCCGCGGGGGAGGAUGAGUUUGCGAUUGUGGAGAGGUUUGUGAGGACGGUGAGGGCGUGGGAUGGCCCGCCGAUUUGGGUGACCAUGAUUCAUCCGUAUAAUGAGGGGUUUGUGGGGAUUGAGGAGGCGACGGAUUUGGAUGGGUUGUAUGAUGUGCACCCGUCGCUGACGAUUACGGAUGCGCUGCACCAUGUGUUGAUGUUGGAGUUGGAUAUUCACCAGGUGUCGGAUACGAUCCAGACGGUGCUGUGGGAGGCGGCGUGGAGGGAGACGAGGUAUGCGUCCGUGGGGAUCAGCUUCAAGAGCGUGGUGAGGGUGGUACUGGAUGUGGCGGAGGAGCUAUCUUGGACUGAAGUGGAUGGGGUGCCUCUGUUGACGGAGCACGGCAGGGAGCUGUGGAUGGGCGGUGUCCAGAGAUGGAUCGACCACCCGGUUGCGUCCAACUGCACGCGGGAACUAGUUCAGCGCCACCUCGACAUCGUCCCGCUGGCCCUGCCCGACGACAUCCGCGCUGCGAUCAGCCGCCACUUGAAAUGCCUUGUGAUACGAAUCGACGAGAGCAAAGCCGCCUCCUUCGCAUCGAGAUCUAUGACACAGAAACAGCGUGACCGAGUGUGGGAUGAGAUAAAGGCAGCUGUCAUCCCGGGAUCUGAGGCCAUGUUCUGUACGACUAUUCGGGAGUUGCUCUUGGACACGUUGGAGAACUUUGCCGAGGUCCCCUGCCAGAACCUGAGACAGGCGGGCUCCGUUCUGGUCAAGCUAUUGAAUGAUCGUUUUGGGGUGGGCGGUAUUUGGAGCAAAUCCAUGUCGAACGACGAGCAGGUGAUGGUCAAGGGAAUCAAGGAAGCCGUCAUGACGGGGUUUACACACACCAUUGUAGCGUUAUCCGAGCCAGAGGUGGUGGAGGAGGUAGGACCGGAAAUUACCCACGGGGGCCCAGAUGGGUUGGACCCAGAUGGGUUGGACCCAAAAGGCGCUAUAGGUUACUUGGGUAACCCAAAUGGACCCGUGGGUCGUUGUGGGUUUACUCACUUGGGUCAUGGACUUUCGGGUUUUAGCGGGUAG